GGCUACACUUGUACUUCCCAUUACUGUUUGACAAAUAAUUAUACAGACUUCACCAGAAGUAGUAACUGUUUCUACAAAGUUGCCUCCCCACUUUAUUUAUAAGAUGUGUCUUUAUGACAGCUACAGUGUGACCAUUGCUGCACGUUAGACUAUCCUCUUAGCCAAUAAUAAGUAACUGCACAGCGAGUCGCAGCCUGUGGCCCUGGCCACUGUCCAGAUCUCAGUCUCCAAACAAGGUUAUCUGUCAUCUAACGAAUUAUGAAGUGGUCCAGAGGAGUCCGCGUCUCCUGUCUACUGACACUUGUGACUCUUGUGGCAGUAGUCUGCAGUCAGCAAGACUAUGAAGAGCUCAACUCAAUAGAUGAUCUGAAAAGAGUUUUCUCAGAAAAGUCUUUUCCUUUACACAGCCUUAUCCUGCUCCACUGGUUUGCCAACAAUGUUGAUAUUGACAAUAACAAUGUUGUACGUGUGGGCUUUAACCCACAGGCAGACUUUGGUUCACAUUUCUAUGGCAAUUAUGACAAUUUGCUGCCUUCUGCUCCCAGUGGAUUCCAGUACUUCACUGUGGGCAAUGUGAAUCGGCCUCGCGGUGACAUCUGUCCCAUAUCCCAGAGCUUUCCUGAAUAUGUUCUUUACCCUCAUGUUAUAGAGUAUGCAGCCACAGGGAGAAACAGGGAUCGCAUUAUUAUUAGUGUCCAGAGACAAAACUACGGCCCUCGAAGGCUUGACCAAGCAUAUCUCACUCAGCAUUUCAGACGCCAGGACAACCAGGGCUCCAGGUAUGACCCACAGCACACCUUUCUAAUAUCCCCCAACCUGCUGCAACAACUCCGACUUUUUUCAUUCAAUGACAACAGCCCAUCUCUACAGGAACUCAGGGACCGCUUUAACCAGAACAUUGAUGACAACCAGUUAAAUGACAUCAUUAACUUAUGGGGUCCUGACCAGGCACCCCUUGGGCUGUUGUUCUCAAUUGUAAUCCGAGAUAGAACCAACCUGUUUGGAGUGUGCAGUACAAGCAGGCGCUGGAAUAGGGAUUUAGCAGUGAAAAAAACAGGGGAGUGGAAAUAUUGUGAAUUGCAACAGAUUCAUCUCGAUGUGAUAACUGGAGGUAAUGGAAAAGCCACGAUUCUUUGGAGAAAUGUUCCAAUGCAGCAGAUAAACAAUGGAGCGGCUGUAGUGCUUUUCAAAAACCAGAUGGACAAGGCUAGUAACAUAUAUACAAAAAUUAAGAGCAGUGAGGGCAGUUUUGUCACCUCAGUGUCACUGAAUGAGGGGCUUCAGGCCAGGCUUCACAAAGUUCAAGGUUACUGGGAAACAUUAAAGGAAGAAAUCUGCAGAGGUAAAGAAUUUCAAAGUCCACAUGUUGUUUCAGUCACAGGCUAUGCUGAACUGCAGCUCUUUGUGCGGGACGGUAAAGGCUGUUUUCGGCUAUAUAUAAAGGAAGACUGCAGUGGUUGGAAAUCUGACUUCUCUGAGUCAUGGGUAGGGUUGUACACUUCUGCUGGAAAAGACCCAGAGGACUUUCUAAGUGGACAGUGGCAAUGGGCCAUCAAGUUCCAAGAAGCCCAGGACUCCGGAGAAUAUCAAACCUUUGAAUACUGCACUAGCACAACAGUCAUUCCAGGUCUCCAAGCACGGUUUAUGAUCGAGAACUACAACGAGAAAGCACGCACUCCUAUGUGGCGCUGACAGAACAGCUAGAAAAUAAAAUGAAAAAUAGUAAUCAUGUAUACACUUUUAAAUAUGAAGAUCAAGAAUGAUUUACAUGGAUUAUAAUAAAAUGUACUGUUCUUUAUUUUGAUUAAGAAUUUGUAUUGACUGUACUUUACUAUUCUAUUAACUUUAACCUUGAAAAAGAUGCGCAUCAUUUGAAAAACAACCUUAUGCACAUUUAACAACAAUGUACAAUAAAAUGUUGAUAAUGUUGAUACUAAAUUAUGCUGAUUCCACAGUGCAAAAAUUAUUUUUUCUGUAUAGACAAUUGUCAAAGUUAAGAAUAUUCUCUCUCUCCCAAAACAAAUUAAAAUAAUAUAAGAAAUACUGCCCCACAGAUAAUAAUAAUAUUGUUACCGUGUUAAUGUUAAUGUGUUUAGAGGAGUAAAUGCUGUACCAUUUCCCUUGGGAUGGUUGAGUCCCUCGAUGCAGUCACAGUCGUCCACACAAACCGAAGAGGG